GCCGAACAUCCGGCCAGCUGGGAGGGCGUAGGGGUGGGAGAUCAGCGUAAAGGCACAGCUGCUGGUUUCGGGGGUGGACGCGGCUUGUUCCCAGCUGCGGUGCCCAGCUUUGGCUUUGGAGCCGCCAGCUGCUCAGCUGAAUGAUACACGGAAGAGGGGAGAGGAAACAUCUCCGCCCCGGCCCCAAGCGCAGCACAACGGGCGGCCUGGACCAUGAGCGCCGAGCAUUUCUGGGACCAACUGCGGGCGGGCAGCUCGGAGGUGGACUGGUGCGAGGAUAACUACACCAUCGUACCGGCCAUCGCCGAGUUCUACAACACGAUCAGCAAUGUCUUAUUUUUUAUUUUGCCGCCCAUCUGCAUGUGCUUAUUCCGUCAAUAUGCAGCAUGCUUCAACAAUGGCAUAUAUUUAAUAUGGACACUACUCGUUGUUGUUGGAAUUGGAUCCGUUUACUUCCAUGCAACACUGAGUUUCCUGGGUCAGAUGCUUGAUGAACUUGCUAUUCUCUGGGUAUUGAUGUGUGCACUGGCCAUGUGGUUCCCCAGAAGGUACUUACCAAAGGUCUUUAGAAAUGACAGGGGCAGAUUCAAAGCUGUGGUCUGUGUCCUAUCUGGAGUCACUACUUGUCUUGCAUUUGUGAAGCCAGCCAUCAACAACAUUUCUCUGAUGACCUUGGGCAUUCCCUGCACAGCGCUGCUCAUUGCAGAACUGAAAAGGUGUGACAAUGUGCGGGUGUAUAAACUCGGCCUCUUUUCCGGUCUUUGGUGGACUCUCGCUCUCUUCUGUUGGAUCAGUGACAGGGCCUUCUGUGAACUCUGGUCUUCUUUCAACUUCCCCUAUCUUCAUUGUGUAUGGCACAUCCUCAUCUGUCUGGCUGCCUAUCUGGGUUGUGUCUGCUUUGCAUACUUUGAUGCUGCCUCCGAGAUCCCAGAGCAAGGUCCUGUCAUCAAAUUCUGGCCCAGUGAAAAAUGGGCCUUCAUUGGAGUCCCUUAUGUCUCCCUCCUGUGCGCCAACAAGAAAUCUCCGGUCAAGAUCACAUGAUAACUCUUGUGGUUGGAAUCGACAAGCAAACGUAGUUGGACUAAACCUCCAUCUUUGUUCCAGAGAUUUUCAUUGGUGGAAAACUGGCCAUGGAUAUGAAGGGCUCGUGGAAGAAUAUUUUUUAAUGCAAAUCUCACAAAAUCUAGGCUUUAAGUAAGGUUAGAAGUUAUUUUUCUAUUAUUUAUGCUGAGAGUCCUAGAUUCAUCUUCUAUAUUUGGGCAAAAUUAAUGAGGAGACAGUUGCCAUCAUCAAACCAUCCUUUAAAAUGAGCACUACUUUUUUUCAUUAUCCCCCCCCCUUUUUUUUUAUUCCUUUCCCCCAGCUCAUAAUACACUGAUAAGAAAAGCUGUAGAAUCAUAGAACAGUAGAAAAGCAAAGGGAAUAGAAUUAUAGAAUGUUAGAGUCUGAAGGUAUCUUAGCUGGAUUGUUGGAGCGGAAAGGAUCCCAGAGGUGGGGUCAAAAGAUCGGCUUUUGAAUCCUGGUUCUUCUACUUUUAUUAGCUGUGUGACCCCAAGUAAACCACUAACCUCUCUGGCUCUUAGUUUCCUCCUGUAUAAGGCAAGGACGAUAGUUUUAGAUAAGGUUCACUCUGGACUUGAAAUCUUAGGAGCCUAUGAGAUCAUUUAGUCCAAUCCCUUCAUCUUAUAGAUAGGAAUAAUAGAUAUGUACCAUGCAGUGUAGUACAGUAGCUUUACUAUUUGCCAGGCUGCCAAAAGCCCAGCUGUAACUUUGGUGGCAGUUUUACCGCCCUUUCUUGGGGAGGGGGGUAUAUUGACUGGCACAAACCCAGUGAAACUAAGCUCUGGUGAUUUUUAUAUUGGGGUAACCUCUUAAGUGAAGCACAGAGUAACCUGAAAUAUUCUGAAAUAUCAUACAAUACCUUCGAGAGUCACUUUUAGGGGUCAUCUUUAAUUCUCCAUACCACCUGAGUGUGGCAGUUUAGUUUGAAGACAUCUUAGAUGGAUGGUUAUAGUGGAAAGGAUAUCAGAUGUGGGGUCAAAGGACACCAGAUGUGGGCUUAAAGGACCUGGGUCUGAAUCCUGGUUUUCCCAUUUUUAUGAGCUGUCUGACCCUUGGUAAGCCACUAUCCUCUCUGGUCCUCUCUUUCCUCAUCUGUAAAGUGAGGGUGUUGUUUUUGUUUUCAGUGUAUUCUGGAUUCUAACAUAUUACAAGACUCCCCAUUACAACACUAGCUAGCUAGCAAUAAUAGAUGUUUAAUCAAGGCAUCUAUUAGAUGUAUUCAAAAGUAGCCCUAACUUGGCUUGUUCGUUCAGCAUUACCAAUACGCUGCUCUUUGAGUUCUUCAACUCCAAAAAGAUUCUAUGGACUCAGUUGCUCCCCUUCUUCACUGGGAUGAAUCAGGAACCAGCAGAUGCCUGCAAAUGUCUCUUGAAUUCAAAUCUGGCCUCAGACACUUACGAGCUGUGUGACCCUGGGCUAGUCACUUAACCCCUUUUGGCUCAGU